CAAGGAUAGAAAUAUAGUAUAUUAUCCAGAGAGACAGUGUAUUUUCGUUUACCCACACACAUAAGCUAGCAUGUAAGUCGACCUUCGCUGUUUAGCCAAUCACUCGUGCAAAAGCCGUCUCGACGGUUGAUUUCGUCGCCAUGUCUUGGGUUGUCGAGUACAUCCUGUCCUUCCACAACUGGUGGAACAAGGUCAACGCGGUCAAGAGGGAUGUGCUCGGCGAGAAAGUCGCGGUGCUUCAGUCCGCGGCGGCAUCAGCAUCAGCAGCAGCAGCUUCUUCCUCUACCUCGUCACCGCAACAAAACCCGCCUCUGCUGCGCAUGGGCGUCCUCUCCGCCGCGGCCAUCAACUACACCGCCAUCUGGGACCCGGUCUCGACGCACCCGGGCGUAGUGAUCACGGGCGUCGCCGCGCGGGACAAGUCGCGCGCCGAGGCCCAGAUAGCCAGCAACAAGCGCUUCCUCCCCGGCGGCGCGUGCACGGCCCACGGCUCCUACGCGGCGCUGCUCGCCGCCCCCGACGUCGACGCCGUCUACAUCCCGCUGCCCAACGGGCUGCACCACCGCUGGGCGCUCGAGGCGCUCGCGCACGGCAAGCACGUGCUGGUCGAGAAGCCCGUCGCCUCCAACGCGCAGCAGGCGCGCGAGAUCCGGGACGCGGCCGCACGGGCUGGCAAAGUCGUGCUCGAGGCGUUCCACUGGCGCUUCCAUCCCAGCGCGCACGUGGUCAAGCAGCUCCUCCUGGGCGGCGAGUACGGGCGGGUGCUGGCCGUCGACGCCCGCGCCGUCAUCCCCGGCGGCGUCCUCAAGAAGGACGACAUCCGCUUCCAGUACGGCCUCGCUGGCGGCUGCUGCAUGGACCUCACCUACGUGUUCAGCGCGAUCGCCUACUUUGCCGCCCGCGACGUCGCGGACCCGAACCUCGAGGUUGAGGUCGUCGACGCCAAAGCGCGCUUAAGCACGAACGAUAGGCUGGUCGACGAGGCCGUCACCGCCACGCUGCGGAUCACAGACCCCAAUCCCUACGCCAGUGCUAGCGCCAGCACCAGCACCGCGCCCGCGGAAAUCAAAGCCACCCUGUCCGCGGACCUCGCGCAGCCCAAGCUGUUCGGGCUCAUCCCCAAGGUCUGGGCCGCCGGCACGCCCACGGUGACGAUCCAGUGCGAGCGUGCCGAGAUCGUCUACGAGAACUUCAUGGGCCCGUGGCUGUCGCACAGGAUCGCCGUCGUGCCCGUCACGCGCGACCCGGCUACCAACGCGAUCGUCAAGCGCGGCACCGCCACCGCCGGCGACGGGAAGAGCAAGCCCCACACGCUCAAGCAGUUCAAGGGCGGCCCGCUCUGGGACCGCGAGUUCUCUGCGUCUACGACCGGUGGUGCUGACGGGGGUCAGGAGUGGUGGACCACCUACCGCUGGCAGCUCGAGGCGUUUGUCAGGAUGAUUCGCGAGGGACCCGGCGAGGGCGAGGCCGGGUACAAGGGCCCCUGGGUCGGCAUGGACGAGAGCAUCCGUGUCAUGGAGAUGAUUGAUCGCACGUACGAGAAGUUGGGCUUGCCGCUUCGUGGGGCCGUGAGUGCUGCUGAGUGAGAUAUAUGAAUGAGAGAACUCGCGCCCGAGUCGAGUCGAGGUGUAGUUUGUGACAAUGUUACAGUGAUGUGUGGUUCCAUGUCCCAUUAGCAUGGCAUCUCCUUCGCCAUCUCGCCGGCUUUGUCUCAGCUGGGUAUCAUGCAGUACAAGCUAGCU